AUGGAGGAUCAAACAUGGGAGGCCUACUUCACCGAUACACCUCCUCCUGCACCUAGCCUAACUAAAAUCAUCACAGAUCUACGGAAGAGAGUACUGGUGAGCCCCAUUUUUGUCUGCCUGGUAUGCACCAAAGAGUCCAGCUCCCAGCAGCACAUGGCUGUGCAUUGCAGGAAACAUGUGCAGGCAGGCAUGGCUAAAGGGACUGUUAAGCACAUCAAGUAUUAUCCAGAUCACACUACAUGUUAUUUCUUCGGCAUUAAUCCACAGCCAACUCCUCGAGAUCCUGGAUCUGCAAACAGGGUUAGGCAAGUACCCAUGCCAAGUUACAAAACUGUUCUUUCUUAUGCUGGCAAUGCUUUCGUGUCACACCUGGCAAGUAUGCUUCCUGAGAACCCUAACGGAGUUAGUCCAAUCGUAACUCCCAUUGGAAACAUGUCCAACAUUGACCUGACACUUCGACUGGGUUCCACUCCUGGUACACUCCCGUUAUCUGGUUCAUCAAGCAGUGCUAACAACAUUCACUCUGCUAGUGAUGACCCCAAAGGGAAAAAGGUGAUCCCAUGGCCAUAUAAUUGA